UAUCCAUAUACUCUUUCACGUUUCUGCUUUUGGCAUCUCCCAAUCCGUGCUACAUAGCUCUGCACAUUGAUACUAAAAAUAGUUUUAAACAAGUUGAAAAUUAUCAACUUAAAAAGAAGGAUCAUGUACUUUUACUUUUAGAAAGUGAGCAGAAUCAUUUCCGAACAUAAUGUAUAGUUCCUCCAUACGGAUUAGAGUAGAGAUCAUUCAUAUUUAUUGAUUCCCUUGGAUCCGACCGAAGAAGGCAAGCUCCAGAAAACGGUGCUGCUCUUUCCCUUGAAAACAAAGCGGUAAAGAUUAGAGCAGGUGGUUUUACGAUUUGCUUCAAAGAGCAAUUCAAGCUUUGAUGGGUGUGCAGCGUGUCACUCAUGAUUCGAAGUUUCAACUACAGAAGUUUGGCCGAAGUUACAUAUGGCUUGAGUCUGAGUACCCUAACACAGUCCGAAAUGCUGUUAUGCAUUUGUUAUGUUUGGUUUACAGUAUGCUGCUGAGAGAUUCGACAAUUGUGAUGGCAUAAGUUGCCUGCCGAAUCACAUUCUUGUUGUCAUAUUGUCUUCCCUUCCGCUGAAAGAAGCUGGGCGCACAAGUGUUCUUUCAUCUCGUUGGAAGAACUUGUGGCAACAAACCUCGCGCCUCAAUUUUGAUGCCAGCAGUGCACUGGUCAAGAUUGCACGAGAUUACAAGUUAGACAGUGAGGAGGGGCGCGAGUACGUAAGAUGGGUGAACUCAGUCCUCAAAUCUUUGCCAAGUAAACAGGCACUCACCUUGGAACACUUCAAGAUCUGCUUUGGUAUAAGAAAAGCAUGGUAUGGGACCAUUACAAAGUGGCUUGAGUUUGCUUUUGAGAGACGAGUUGAGAAGUUAGAGUUGCAACUUCAGCCUUAUAAGAUUGACUAUGACCAAUUAGAGAACAAGUAUGUCUUCCCGGAAGACAUCUUGUUCCGAAACAGCAGUGAUAUCCCUCACCAUAGUACUACACUUUUCAACUUCAAUUCCCUGAAAGAACUGUGUUUGACCUAUGUUUCGAUCAGUGAUGAAGGUAUUAAGUUUUUCUUGUGCAACUGCUCGUUACUGGAGCAAUUAGUUCUUGAAGACGUAAAUCAAUUAUCAAAUCUUGAAGUUUGUGGUGCAUCUCUCGUGUUAAAAAGAUUGUAUGUAAUGUAUUGCUCUGAUUUGGUAUCCAUUAAGGUAUCCGCACCAAACCUCACUUCGCUUGCAGUUAUGGAAAAAAAUGAACUCGUGUUUGAGAGUGUUCUAAUGCUUGAGAGUGUUCCAAUGCUUGUGGAUUUAGAUAUUCUCUGUCGGAGAGAAAAAAUUCCAUUGUUAGCUCCUGCACUAUUUUGCUGCUUUUCCCAAUUGAAGAUUCUUACCCUGCGGCUGCAGACUUAUAAGGCAUGUGCUAUUGUGUGGUUCAAAUUUCCUGAGAUGCAUGGUUUGAAGAAGCUGGUUGUAAUUCUUCGCACAACAUAUGAUGAAACACUUAUUGGACUAAUGACAUUCAUUAGGAUAUCUCCCAACCUAGAAGAACUUGUGUUAAAGGUUACAUUGUUCUCGGGUUUGGCAUUGGGUAGGAGAGAAGUGAAUGAGGGGACACCAUUUCCACACCAACACCUUAAGGUGUUAAAGUAUUUAGGCUAUCACGGCCAUGGCAGUGAUUUGGAUGUAGUGAAGUUCAUUUCGGAAAACUGUGUCCGGCUUCAACAAAUCAUUAUCGGUACAGCCAAGCCGCUCGAUCUUUCGCACAGGCCACCACAUCCUGCUAAUUCGAAAUAUGAACAAGUUCGCAGAAGUUAUGCAAAGCAGCAGCUGGAACCAAUAAUCCUUCCCCACAUUACAUUUACUAUCCUAUAGGUUCUUUUAGUUUUUAAACAAUGCUGCUGCUGCUCUGUACCAGGCCACCCGUCAUCUCAAUAACUCCAGCUAGUACCCCUUUUGCUCUACUCAUUUGUUUGUUGAGUAUUACCUGUUUGGUAGACUAAAGUUACUGGUGCAAUUAGCAUUUACUCUGAAAUUUAAAGACCCAUAUGUUACCAG